AUGAGUUGCUUUGCCUGCUUUUCGUCCAGGGAAAAGAAAACCGCCAGGAAGCUUAGUAGCAAGAGGGGGAAAAAUGCGGCUGCCGCUGCUGCUGCGGCUGCCGCAGCCCCCGCCACCUUCGCUCCUGAGCCUGCUGCUGCCCCGGCCCCUACACAACCUAGAGAAGCCCCUCCACAGCCACUGCCCGAAGAACCUAAGAAGGCCCCAGCCGAAGCCGAAAGCAAAUACGAAGGCACCAGAGAAGCUGAUAACAACAUUGCAGCAGAAACCUUCACCUUCCGAGAGCUGGCUGCGGCCACAAAGAAUUUCAGGCAGGAAUGUCUGAUCGGCGAAGGCGGUUUCGGCCGAGUUUAUCAAGGGAAGCUUGCGAAGACAGGCCAGGUUGUGGCUGUGAAGCAACUCGACCGGAAUGGAUUGCAAGGGAACAGAGAGUUUCUUGUGGAGGUUCUGAUGCUGAGCCUCCUGCACCAUCCAAAUCUUGUGAAUCUUAUCGGGUACUGCGCCGAUGGCGAGCAAAGACUUCUUGUUUACGAGUAUAUGCCGCUGGGGUCUUUAGAAGACCAUCUUCUUGAUCUUCCGUCGGGUCAAGCACCCUUAGAUUGGUGCAAGAGGAUGAAAAUAGCCGUGGGUGCUGCCAAAGGUCUGGAGUAUCUACACGACAAGGCCAACCCACCCGUCAUAUAUCGUGAUCUGAAGUCAUCCAACAUCUUGCUGGACAACGAGUUCAACGCGAAGCUCUCUGAUUUUGGGCUGGCGAAGCUAGGUCCUGUCGGGGAUAAGUCUCAUGUGUCUUCCAGGGUGAUGGGAACAUACGGCUACUGUGCCCCGGAGUAUCAAAGAACCGGCCAACUGACUGUAAAGUCCGAUGUAUACAGCUUUGGGGUGGUUCUGUUGGAGUUGAUCACCGGACGGAGAGCCAUUGACACCACAAGGAGAACGGAGGAGCAAAAUUUAGUAUCUUGGGCGGAACCAAUUUUCAAAGAACCAAGCAGGUAUACAGAGCUAGCUGAUCCACUUCUCCAAGGAGACUUCCCCGUGAAAUGCUUGAACCAAGCUGUAGCAAUAUCUGCAAUGUGCCUCCAAGAGGAUGACUCGAUGCGGCCAUUGAUGAGCGACGUGGUGAGUGCCCUCAGUUACCUCGGGCAGGAAGUCGAGGCAGGAAGCAUCACGCCCCUGUCAGACCUCGCCUCACCACCACCACCAGAAGCGACUGACAGUCACCAGGACGAAGUUAGCGCGAUGGAGCGCCAACGAGCAGUUGCAGAAGCCAUAGAAUGGGGCUCCAACUCAAGGAAUGAGCAGCUAAGGUCACUGGAUGCAAUUGGUUCCUAACCGUGCUUUCACUCAAUCUUUCAUCUUAAAUCUACACAAGGAUGUGAAGGAUCUAUCAUCUUCUUGCUCUCUUUGUAUGUUAAUGUGUGCCCUUUUAGCAAGAAGAAUGAUUUACCCUGAUCAUGAAUCAUUAGUGGAAUUCAGUUCUUGAGUGAGCACAGACUGAUACGUGCAAAAAAACCCAAAAAACAAAACCAAAAGGAGAGUCAAAUGCGAAGGAAGGAGAACAUUUUCUGUACC